GUACAUCAAGGUGAUUCUGAAGCAAACAAAGCAACAACAACACAAGUAAUUGAGUUCCCUCCCGUACAUGUCCGCUCUGCAGCACGCAACCGCCUCGACAGAAGUGGCGACCUUUCUUGCCUGCUGCGACGACGUGGUUCGCAAAGGCACGCAAACACUUUCCGUCAGCGCCGUCUGUCACCGCCUCGAUGACGUAGAAGCGGAGUGGCGCGACGUGGCGGCACAAUCGCAGCUCACCGUGUCCGCCUGCACACAGGCACUGCAGCACUACCAUGACGUGUACGACGUCUGCGCACGCACCGUGCCCCUGCCACAAUCCGCCUGGGACCGCUGGGCAACGGGCAUCACCUCAUCGUUCCCUGUGCUAGUGGCCUCCCGCGACUCACAGGCGUCUCUCGAAGCACUACGCGAGGCACUGCUCAUGAAGUACUGGGGUCUGUUCUGUCAAUUGUAUUGGGGGUGUGCGCGUGUGGUGAAGCCGCGGCUAGCAUUUGUGGUGGAGCAGGCGCACGCUGUUACCAAUACCGCCUCCGCUUUGCAGAGCUCCAGCUCUACCGCCGACACCACGGCAGGAGAUACGUGCACCGUUGAGUCGCUCGAGCGCGCUCUGGCGCCGCCGCUGCACGCGUUUGCAAAACUUGCCGACGAUAUGUCACACCUGUUUGGCGACUACGGCGUUGUCGGUGCCGUAGAGCGUCAGUGGCUGAACGAGGAUGUUCUUCGCCAGCUGGACGAGUCGGCGGAAGGUGCGGUGGAAGCGCUCGUGCGGCGCUCGUUUAAGCGUGACUUGCAGAUCCCCUCCGCGAGCUUACCUGCGUUGCUGCAGGAGUAUGAGGAGAGUGAGGUGGAGGAGCGAAAGGCAAAGGAGAUAGUAGCGGUAGGGAAGGCAACGUUGCAGUCGACGUGGAUGCGGGCUGCCGUGGCGCUACAUCAACACCUUUUGGAUCUUUCCACCCCAGCGUCCCCGGCUCCCGAGCCAUCUGAAUCUCCGAGCGACAAGCUGCUUUACGAUGAGCGAGCGUACGAGCUACUGGAAGAGCUGAUGAAGGAGCUUCGUAAGGCCCCGCACGGUCAGGGGAGUCUCCCCGCGCUUGGUUUGCUGACCCUUCGUGUUGUGGAGUGGCAGCCGCAGUCCGCCUCGUCCACCUCUCGCCACCAUACCGUCGGCCUCAGCGGAUCGCAAACGCAGUUCUACCUGUUUCUUUUACACCAGUGGUUUGCCCGCUACAUUGCCACGCAGCAUCGCUGGUCGGUCACGGACAUGUUCAACGCGGCAGACGACUCCGACUUGUGGGCGUUCGUGCUGAACCGGCACUCUUUCUGCCUCAUGUGGGCCUUGGCCACCGUGGAGUCGGACGAGGAUGCACAUAGAAAAACUGCGAAGGAUGCGCAAGAACACUUUAGGACCGCAAUGGGGGCCAAAAUCGACAAGCUGCGCUCCAUCUUCUACUCGGUGGCACACUGCCUGCAGCUGUACCGCGCCUCCGUCGCGGCGUUCGCGAAUCCGGAGAAGCGGACGGUGCGGCUGACAGCAGCGCGCGACGCCGUGCAUGAGUGGAUGCACCGCGUUGGUGUGGCAACUUUUUGCCGUGGCCUCUUGGGGGACUUGCUGGACACGACAGAGGCGUGGGAGGACUCCAACACGCAGACGCCUGUGCUGCAGCUGUGGACGCUGAGCGCGGAGGCCGAGCUGAAGCUGAUUAUGUACGACACCAUGCAGCUGCUGGGCUGCCCGGACAACACCACGGAUCGUCUGGAGACGCUGGUGCAGGUUGCAGUAGACCUGUGCGCAUCGUGGAAUGAAGUACUCACAGAAAAGGCGACGGGCGCUGCGUCGGCGGUUAGCGCAUGUCUCUUCGCGCCCGCUGUCGCGCUUGCUGUACGCGCUGUUCAGCGAAUCCGCGUCAAGUUGCAGCGGUCGGUAACGUUGGCUGCUGAGCUGAGCAGCGCCGACGCUGAAUUGUACCACAAGCUGGUAGAGUGGGUCAAGAAACUCCUCUCUGUUGCCGGCGCCUAUGUGCAGCCGGCAGAGCUAAACACCGUGUGGGAUGAAUACACGUGUCUCGUUUCCCUGCCCACGCCUUCUUCUCGUCUUACUCCUGCGGCAAGUGAUGGGGACGUCGUAAGCACGACAGAGGUGGUGCCGGGCUUCAUCAGCUACCAGGCCGCCGCGGCAAAGCGCGCGUUUGGCUCCGCGUCGCCCGCCAACGGCGGUCUCGAUGACAUUUGCUGGGGACGCCGCAACGUCUUCAAGUCGCACCGUAGGGAAGAAACCGAAGAGAAGGCAAAGGCGUUGCAGCGUAAACCGCCCCCGACGGCACCGGUGGUGGAGGAUUGCGAGGCGGAGAAAGCACCGCGGGCGAAGAAGGCCCGCACGGAGUAG